AGAAAUGGUAGCAUCACAGAACCUCAGCCAAUUUAUUCAGAAAAUCAAUUGGAAUUCAACAGCCGUCAAAAUCGACCAAGGAACCAAAAAUGCUGCUCCAAGUUCUGCGAAGAGUUCACAGUCUUCAAGAAACCAUCCUUCUACCCAAGUCUGGUAUUAUAUCUGUACCAGCGUCUGAUGCCCUUAUUUUUCUGGAUUUUGCUGCCAUCGAUUCUGCUAAGGGCUGGACUACCGAUAGUCCUUUGCAUCACUUUUUAUCUGGCAGCCUCCAUAAUCGGGAUGAGUGGCAAUGUACUGAUUUCGAAGUUGUCCAAAAUGUCUGCAAAUAUGAGGCUGGUUUAUUUGUCUGUGUUUUGCAUGUUGGCAUCGAUGGCACUUUACGAAGUGACAAAAGUCUACAACACCAUGACCAUCCUGGUCAUAACUUUAAUAGCAAGUUUCUGCAUAUCUUGCUCCACCAGUUUAAGUCGAGCUGCCAUAAACGACUACUUGGAAAUCCAGGAUCUGAACAAAUCCAGGACGAUCCUGACCACGAUCUACGCCUUGUGCCUGGUUUUUGCAACUUUUGGACACAACAAUUAUAUAGAUUCUUAUUACAGAGUGGCAUCGUUUGUAAAUAUUUCUAUAGGAAUGCUUUAUGGUAGUUUUGUGAUGUUUCGAAUUUGGUUCAAGUUUAACAAACAUCCUAGCAGCCAAUUGACUAUUAGUCGAACAUAGUAAUAACAGAUA